UCCGGAGCUCAACAAGGCUUGUGGCUUCGUCUUUGCUCGCCCCGCAGUUCUUCGGGUUUAGGGUUUUCUGCAAAAUUCAUUCACUCAUUGAAUACGAAACUUUCAGAAUGAGUUGAUUUUUCUGGGAUCAAUGCGGAGAUAGGAGACAAUCCAUCCAAGAUGGGAGGUGGCUGGGACAAGCCAAUGUCGAAGAGGGUUCCGAUGAGGGUCUGGUUAAACUUCCAAAAACCGAUGGGUGUCCUCGUGGGUGGAAAUCACACCUCCUCCAGGUUUUGCACUCGCUAAUUCCUCUCCCGCCUCUCCAUUCCGGCUUUCAUUUCUCUCUGAAUUUUCAGACAAAUCAAAACCGCCUCUUCGAAUUUUGCUUCUUCUCGGUGAUCUAGCUCUCGUGAACUUUUCUGGGCAUCCAUUUGAAAAAUUAUGGAUGCCAGGACCUUGACAUUUCAGAUCCUUAAAGGGUCUGUAGCGAGGCGCGUGCUUUUUCGAGCAUUCUUACUGGCCUCUGCUCUUUCCGUUGUAUCUUUGGUCCGCGUCCCAUCAAACUUAAAUUUGGGAGCGUUGGCUCCGAUUACUUAUAAUGACUGUAUCGCGGAUUCCGAUUCUACUAUUGUCACUUUGACUCAGAGCUCCUACCUGUUUCCGAGUCGGGUGCUGAACACCUUUUGGGGUUCAUUCGACUCUAUGAAUUGCAAGCAAGAUGUCAAUUUGACUGUCACUGUGGUCAAGGAGUUGAUGGGCAAACAGUUUUUGGACUGUAAUGCCAAAAGUCUCUGUAUUGGAGAAGGAGCCUCAAAGGCCGCGUUGGCAAUGCAACAGUUGGGAUUCUCCAGCGUCAAUGGUGUUCACAAACACCGCUUUUUCUCACUCAAACAGAAAAAAAUCGUGUACGAGCUCCAUUUCCAAGACUCUUCAUUCGAUUUCGUGUUUUCUAGGGAUCUGGAUAAGGUUUCAGUCCCUGCAUUACUCGUGCUCGAGGUGGAGCGCGUUCUUAAGCCUGGCGGAAUUGGUGCCCUGCUUGUGGGUGCUAGUCGUUCGAACCCAAAUGACUUGAUAAAGUCUGCCACGCCGGUAUCGUCAUUACUGAGAUCUUCAAGUGUUGUGCAUGUUGGUCACAUCAAUCAACUUAAUCUCGUGGUUUUCAAGAAAAGAUUCGACAAUACCAGCUCUUCUAAUAAUUACAGUCUUCCAGUGGACUGUCCAAAUUUUACCCUCAACAAGCCUCUGAUGGAGCUGUUGGAACCUCUGGUAGAGGAAAGGCCCCCUCCAGAGUUUGCAGAACGGAUAUCAUAUUUGCCCAGGUUUAUGGAUGUCUCAACUAGAAAGCGAAUGGUGUAUAUUGAUAUUGGGGUAGGGAAGCCGCUGAACGCAAAUAUCACUGACUGGUUCCUCCCAUCAUAUCCCAUCGAUCAGAAAGCUUUCAAUGUCUAUUUUGUUCACUACAACACUUCCAUCCUGUUAUCGUACGUGAAACGACCUGGUAUCACUUUUGUUUAUCAUCCAGGAUUGGCAGGAGACGCGGCAGCCAAGCUCAGUAUGGACAGCGAAGUGGAUCCUUAUGUCGGAGAGGAAGAAUUUGAUUUCGUCGCCUGGUUCAAGGAAACUGUGCAAUUUGCAGAUUUUGUGGUGCUGAAGAUGAAUGCAGGAGAAGUUGAACGGAAGUUCCUCUCGGAUAUACUUGAAAGUGGGGUCAUAUGCUUCGUUGAUGAGAUGUUCCUGGGCUGCCCACGCAGUGAGAAUGGUAAAAACAUGAAGGCAAAGGAAAGCUGCAUGGACAUCUACAAGGGUCUUAGGAGCAGCGGCGUCUAUGUCCACCAAUGGUGGGGAAGCUGAGCCGCAUUAAGGUCCUAUUUUUAUGUUCGAUCAUUGUCGAAGUUUGUGUUUGGUGUAACUGGACUAUGGUCCGGCCAUGGGAUGUUGCUAUUGUGCUCGUUGUCUGUGUGUGUUGGGUGCUAUGAACAUCCAAGUGCUUUGUGGUUGGGCGCUUAAAAACUAAAUAAACAACCAUUGUCGUCAUCGUGUUUUAUUAAUGAAAUCAGUGUGUGAUCAUAUCCA